CCACCUCCUUCCUUCUCUCUUUCCUUCUUCCUCCUUUGCUUUUUAUCUCCACACUGGCCCCUGCCUGGGCAACACCCUGGGCCACCUUUGAUGGACAUCACAUUUCAUAGCCACCAGCUUUGCCGCAGGUGACUCUGAGGUCGCUCUGUAGCUCUCCCUGCACCCAUGUCCCCUGCCUUGCUCAUAGCACCUGUGAUGUGGUUUGCCUUCUCUAUACAGCAGGAACUCCAGGACAAGCUGACUUCCUGCAUUUUAGAGUCACCAGCUCCCAACACAAUGCCUGACACAUAAGAGCACGCACUCAAGUGCUGGCCCAUGGGAUUUAGGCCAACUGACUUCUUGGAGGACUCAGAUUCUUAGAGAGCAACUUUGUCCCUGCCCUAGGUUAGGAAGUGAAUCUCCAAGCCCCGAGGGUGCCUGGGUUCCCUGUGGAGCCUAAGUCAGGUGCCCUUGGUGGCCAGGGCCCAACCUAGCACCUGUGGGGCCCCAGGUCCUCUUCCAGACCGCAUGCUCCACCCCCUCAAGGCUGUGGGGCAGCAACUUGGAGCCGUGGGCAAGACAUGUCUUCUCAUCAGCUAUACCACCAAUGCCUUCCCUGGAGAAUACAUCCCCACUGUGUUUGACAACUACUCAGCCAAUGUCAUGGUGGACAGUAAGCCCGUGAACCUGGGGCUGUGGGACACCGCAGGCCAGGAGGACUACGACCGCCUCCGGCCGCUCUCCUACCCACAGACAGAUGUGUUCCUCAUCUGCUUCUCACUAGUCAGCCCGGCCUCCUACGAGAACGUCCGUGCCAAGUGGUUCCCGGAGGUUCGGCACCACUGCCCCAGCACCCCCAUCAUCCUGGUGGGUACCAAGCUGGACCUUCGAGAUGACAAGGACACCAUCGAGAAGCUGAAGGAGAAGAAGCUGGCUCCCAUCACCUACCCGCAGGGCCUGGCACUCGCCAAGGAUAUUGGACACUGCUUCCCCCAGCCUCUCUGUCAGGGCUCCAGGGGCCUGUCCUCCAGAAGAGCUCAAUAUUAUCUUCUCCUCACUGAGCUGCCCUGGGGUAGGCAGGUCCCACAGCCUAUUAGCCCUGGUUUGCUCAUAAAAUGGGGUAUCCUCAGACCUGCUCAGAGGGGUAUCAGCUCCGUGAGGAAGGCCGUGGGGGAUUUGGUAACAGAAGCAGGUCCUGUCCAUCUUCCAAACAAAGGGCCUUGUGUCCUGGGGGUCUUCUACUGUCCCCACUGAGUCCUACAGGAGGAAGAUGAGGUACAGAGAGGCAUAUUCCCACUCAUGUGAUACUCCCCACUGGAGUGAUACUCCCAGUUGAGUGAUACUCCCCACUUGGCUGAUACUCCCCACUCACGUGAUACUCCCCACUCACGUGAUACUCCCCACUUGGGUGAUACUCCCCACUUGAGUGAUACUCCC